CCGCUAGCGGUAAAACAAGAACCCUAGAAUCGAAGAAAGAUACGCUCCAACUCCGCGGCUUCGAGCGAGAGUGGUGAAGGAGAGGAGUGAUAAAGGAGGAAAAACCCUAGUUUUGUUAAGCCGAUCCAUGGGGAAGAAGAAGAAGAGACCCUCGAAGGUUUGGUGCUACUACUGUGACCGCGAGUUCGACGACGAGAAGAUACUCGUACAGCACCAGAAGGCCAAACACUUCAAAUGCCAUGUAUGCCAUAAGAAACUCUCAACCGCCGGCGGCAUGGCCAUACAUGUACUCCAGGUUCACAAGGAAAGCGUCACCAAAGUUCCUAAUGCUAAGGCUGGCAGAGAAUCAACAGAAAUUGAGAUAUUUGGCAUGCAAGGAAUUCCUCCUGACAUCUUAGCAGCGCACUAUGGAGAAGAGGAGGAUCCCUCAUUGAAGAUGCCAAAGAUUGAAGUUCCCUCUGCAGGGCUCAUGAGUGGAGUGGUGCCAAGAUCAGUUGGUAUUGGGUUCCCUCCAACUUAUGGUGCUGUACCACCAGUUUAUAAUCCAGCAGCACUGCCAUUGCAGCCUCCAAGCUGGCCUAUGCAACCGCAGCCGCAAUCCUGGUUUCCAUCAAACCCAGUGGCAUUGGUACCCCCUCCACCUGCAGGUCUGGCACAACAGCCUCUGUUUCCUGUCCAGAAUGUGUCGACUUCUUUGACGCCUACCACAACUGUACUUCAACAAUCAUUUCAAGUUGCACCACCUGGUCUACCUUCAUCAACGCCCACUCCAUUACCCCAACCACUCUUUCCGAUCAAUAACUUAAGUGCACCAGAUGUCAAUUCCAGUUCUAGUAAUGCUUCAACAACUGGCUAUAAUACUCCAAGCAACCAAGGUGGCGGGACUUCUUAUACCAGCUCUCAUAUGUAUGCAUCUGGUCCAAAUACAAGCGGACCUUCUAUUGGUCCUCCUCCUGUGAUAUCCAACAAAGCUCCUGUUCCUCAACCAGCUAUCAAUGAAGUGUACUUGGUUUGGGAUGACGAGGCUAUGUCCAUGGAGGAAAGAAGAAUGUCGAUGGGGAAGUAUCAGGUUCAUGAUGAAACUAGCCAGGUAAGUUUUUAAUUCACCCUUGUAUUCAUUGAAAUGGAUUUGCUUGUUGGUCGGCAGAUCCAAAUGAUGGAUAGGAAAAACAAAGCUAUCUCCAGGUUUUUUCUCACAAGUUUUUCAAAGAUAUGUAUUGAUGAGAUCAUCCAUGAUACCAUAGUGCUAGGAAGCACGGACACUUUCAAAUACCUUGUGUUUGUGGUGGACAUAGACAUGCCUCCGAUACGCCCCGCAUGCUUAAAAAUGUGUUAAAAGUGUUUAAAGACAAAAAUAUGUUAAUGACACAAGUUAGAGAGAGCUUAACACACAGUAAGGCCACAUGCUUGACAGAUGGCCCAUUCAUGAGAUAUGAAUGCACCCACAAAAUAUGUGACAACUCAUAAUAAUUAAUGAAUGUUGAUGUUGGAGUUUGUAACAAAUGAUAAUCAUCACAUGCAAUGAAAUAUUUAUUUUAUUCUUUAUAAUUUUUGUUUUUCUUUUGAUAUCACUAAACUUGUUUUUUGGGUGAAGUAUAUGUAAAAUAAUAUAAAUCAAAUAUUUUUUAUCAAUAAUUCAAAAAAUAUAUCAUUGUGGCAAUGGCAUGUCAUGUGCUACUUUUUACAGUGCUUUUGCACCGCUGUGGCCAUGUUGUGUUCGUGUCCGUGCUUCAUAGACACAGAAAUAAAUGCUUAUUUACAUUAUGAGUGUACGACAUGACAUACGGAUCUAUAUCCAGCAUGAGGUUAGUGAAAAUGGUCAAUUGCUCUUAUGUGCAUCUGUUUAACAAUCAUCCACCCAUGAUGCUACUGCUAGCUUUUUAACUCCACAAAUCUAACGAAGCUUGUGUUGCAUUUCACCGGAGGAUUCUCUCACUCUAUACCACCAUUUCUCCAUUUGAAAAUCUGUAUGUAAUUUACUUAUUUAGAUUUCAUUGCUUCUUAACAAGCAAGGGGAUCUGGUUGGAAGAAGGUUUUUAUUUUUGUCAGGCUUUUGCCAAUCCUUAGGUAUCUUUUCUUUGUUAUCUGUUUUUGAUCAGUGUGCGACCAGGCUUUUUACAGGUCAGCUUUCAUUCAGCCAGCAAGUUUUGCUAUAUCCCCUGCUUAAAUUGAUGAAUUCUUCUCUUAAAUUCACUCUUACUGAACCAAGAUCUGGUUUCAGUUCUUAUCUGAUCCCGUUAUUGUCAUAUUUUUCCCAGAUGAACUCGGUUAAUGCCGCCAUUGAUAGGAGGAUUUCUGAAAGCAGACUUGCAGGCCGAAUGCCAUUCUAGUUUUUCUUCACUUCAGAUUUGGUUAGAUUUGUUCCGUACUGGGAAGCCAUCGAUCAUCAUCAAAGACUCAAAGUGCCUUUGUGAUUGUUCAAUUCAAAUCACUUUUCAGCUGAGGAAUUCAGGUGCUGUUGUCUAUCCAGUGACAUUUUUUUUUCCCCUUGAAGGCUCAUUUAAUUUCUACUGAUAUUGUGUUGAUGCAUUCUUCAAAUGAAAAUCUUUUGGUUAGCUUCAAUAUCACUUUCUGAUCAUGGAGUUAGAUAAGGAGUGGAUAGAUUUCGGUCAAUAGAGUUUCUGAAAUUGAAUCAGGCAGUGAUGCCUUUAUUGAUAGUUUAGGAUUUCACCUACUCUGUUGUAAAAACCAGUUAUCUUUUUCUUGGGAUCAAAUUUAUGAAUUGUGAUUCUAAAUUGUUCUGAAAUAGUUUAUGGUUCUUAUUUGUUGAUCA